ACAGGUUUCAUCCUUGCAUAUAAGGAUUAUAGUUCAACUUGAAAUAGAUAACAGUUACCUUAUAACUAGUAUUUGCCGGCACGGUUUCCUGCAAGGAGGCGAACCUACGGGGGUAGAGUUAUGAAUGCUUCUUUUCUUCUGACUGCAGUGAUGCUUCUUUUCUUCUCUUACAAUAAGACCUGCACUUCCAGUUUUUUCCAGAGUAGAUUCUUUGUUCCACACAAUAAACUUUAUACCCCUUGGGGGGAAAAUCUUACGGGUACACCCUGGGCAGAGUAUCCAAGGCCAACAUUGGUUCGUACAGAUUGGAUGAACUUAAAUGGACCAUGGGAUAUAUCAAUUACGGAUUUUGAGAAUCUACCAUCCUUUACAGAUUCUAUUCUGGUUCCUUUUUGUGUUGAAUCUAUUUUAGGAGGUUUAGAAAAGGUUGCCACUUAUGAAAAUAACAUUUGGUACAGGAAGAUUCUAAAAAUUCCAAUUUCUUGGAAGGAGCGAGUAUUGGUGCAUUUUGAAGCUGUGGACCAUGAAACAUAUGUUUUUAUAAACAAUCAAUUUAUUGGUUCCCAUAAGGGAGGAUAUGAUAGGUUUUCCUUUGACAUUACAGAAUUUCUCAACCGGAAAGAAGACAUACUUGUUCUGAAGAUCUAUGAUCCCACACAUGUUCAUCCAAUCCCUCAAGGGAAACAGAUGCAGUCUGAUCACGUACCUGGAGAAAUAUUCUAUACUCCUGUAUCUGGUGUAUGGAAAACAGUUUGGUUGGAACCUGUACCGGCAACAUCAAUUACAGGAUUAAAAAUAACUCCAGAUGUUGACAAUAGUCUUGUUUCUGUUCAAGUUAGUCUGUCUGGUAACACACAGUCCGAGGUGACAGUUAUUGUAAUUGAGAAUGGGACAUCAGUAGCAGAAUCAAGAUUUAAUCAGACCAGCAACUAUAAUGGGACUAUCAAAAUACCCAACCCAAAACUUUGGAAUCCACAGAAUCCGUUUCUGUAUGAUCUAAAUGUAACCUUGGCAAGCGGUGACAGUGUUAGCAGCUAUUUUGGUCUCAGGAAGAUCGAACUCAGAACUGUCGGGAACUUUAAGAGAUUCUUUCUCAAUAAUCAGGAGCUUGGUUUCCAACUUGGACCACUAGAUCAAGGUUAUUGGCCUGAUGGUCUUUACACUCCACCUUCUUUUGAAGCAAUGAAAUGGGAUUUGAUAGCAACCAAACAGCUUGGAUACAAUAUGAUCAGGAAACAUAUAAAAGUAGAGCCAGAGCUUUGGUACUAUUUGACAGAUAAACUUGGUUUACUGGUUUGGCAGGACUUCCCCUCUAUUCUCAGCAGUAAGGUUCUAGCGGAUAAGGAGGCUCAGGCAAAUUUUCUUGUUGAAAUAAAAUCCUGGGUCAAUCAGAUGUUUAAUCAUCCAAGUAUAAUCCUUUGGGUAGUUUUUAAUGAAGCUUGGGGUCAACACAAUACAGAGGAUGUGACAGCCUACGCAAAGUCAUUAGAUUCAACCAGGAUUAUUACAGAUGCAAGUGGCUGGGUUGAUCAUAAAGUUGGAGAUGUACUUGAUAUUCACUGUUAUCCUGGUCCUAUUUGUGGUUCACCGAUUAAGCCAGAUCCAGAAAGGGCUCUAGUUCUGGGAGAGUUUUGGGGAAGAAAGAGAGUUAUUCCUGGUCACAACUGGUUCUUGGAGACUGGGGACGGAUUGAAUGAAGAGGAUUUCUUAGUAAGAUAUGAGAGUGCUAUAGAUAUUCUUAUCGAAUUGGAACAGCUAGGGUAUAGUGCUGCAGUUAUUACUCAGACGACGGAUGUAGAGGGGGAACUUAACGGAUUUUUUACAUAUGACAGAAAAGUUGCGAAGGCUCCUGUAUCGGAAAUAAAGACUCUGACAAACCUGAUUCUUAAGCCCGACAACAACAAGAAACGGAAUGUGAAAAUAAAACAACAAAUUGAUGAACAAAGCCCGAAAAAAUCACUUUUCUAUAAAUUCUUAAGAAAAAUUUCAAAAAUUGUUCAUCCCUGAUUCUUUUGAUUUUUUUAUUGAUUAUUUCAAGUUUGGAGAACUUGUGUGAUAUUCAAGUGGGACUCAUUAAACUGUGGAAUAGGAAGGAAGAAUUGUUCAGUUAAACAGAUCCAUUUCACAUGUUGAUAAAACUAUUUGCAUUAUAUAUACAAUAGAUUGCGUACAUGUUGACUUCCUAUUCAACAAUUUUAUGGGUGCCACUGUGCUAUUUUUUUUUGCAACAGACUAAUCUUAUUUUAAUUGUUAAUCUAAAAAUUUCGAAUUAUGUUGAUGUUUUGUUAUUAUACUCAUAAGUCUUCUAAUUACUGUUUAUUUCAUUAUUCUUUGCGUUGUAUGCAAAGAAACAAAUAAAACAUCUGAUGUACUACUGCAAGAUGAAUAUGCAACAUUACAACUGAAAAAUUUAAAUUUUAUAUGACAUGACGGUUUGCUCCUGUGAAUUAUCCAUCAUGCAGUUUGGAAGUCGUGUGAAGUCUGCUGAACACAAAUUUUCGUUUUUUUUUAUGAAAAUUCUUUAUAAACACGCAUUAAAGUCAUCGUACACCAUUUUGCUAUGAAGUUUUUCCCAUUAUUCUUGUUUAAACACUUUAAAGUUCUUCAAAGUUACCUUUUACGAGUGAGUUAAAACUUAAUCUCAAUCUUAAUCUUUAUUUUUUUACAUCAAAAGAAAAGGAACACAGUCAUGGUAUAGAAAAACUUAAUUAUUACUAUUUGUUAUAAAUGUUUUCUCAUCCUAUUCUAUCCUAUUCUAAAAACCAAAAUGGAAUAACCGAGUCUUAAUGUUUGCACUUUAACACAAUUUUCUGUAUGGAAACAUGAACUUUUCGUAUUUAUACCAUUGUUUAAUUAUUCCAUUUAUCAACAUUUAAAACAAAAUACAUUUCUCAUAAUAAUAUCUAGUCUAUCUAGUUGCUCAUUAUUUUGCAUGAUAAAAUGCAAUUAAUAAGACCUAGUGCACGACUUGUAAAAGAAAAUGUCGAGGACUAUGAGUAGUAACUAAAAUUGAUCCAGUUCUUUUUCUGUAAUGAUAUUUUAACUUUUUUAAAAUCUAAUAAAAUGAAAUGUUAUUGU